AGUGUAACCACUAUACCUAUAAUCUGGGUUGCUGUCACUCAUAGCCACUGGUAUAUCGGUUUAGGCGUCUUUUCUCACGUUGGAUGCAAACAACAUCUAGGUCUAUUUCUGGAAUUUGCUUACCAGAAAACCUAGACCAAGACAAAGAACUUCGCUAAAAGGACAGCUUUGUGGGCCAGUACAUCUGGAGUCAACGAGAAAUUUCCAAUCAACUCGGCUGUGUUUUGUUUUUGUUAUUAUUUGGGGGUUUUGGAGGCCUUUUUCGAGACCGCGCCAACCGGGCAACAGAAAAAAAAAGGACCUAAACAAACAUAGCAAGAGGCUGUUGGGGACGGAACAAAGAAAAAGCCAGUCUUGACGUACAGUUCCUUUCAUCGUAAAGUUCGUUUAGCCAGCGGAUACCCGCACAUACUUUCUACUUCCCCCCCCCCUUUGUGGUACAGAGGAAAAGAGAUACACUGGUAGCACAAGCAGAGGAAAAAAUAGCAGCCUAGAGCUACUACCACCGACCAUAGGCCCCAACAUGUCCAUGACAGCAGAUGGCAGCAGCCCUGCGGGCAACGCCUCGACGACCCACGGGAGCUUCCGCAUGAACGGGCUGGGUAUAGAGGGCCUCCUGAUGCCUCUGCUCGGGGGAGGGAUGCACGCCAACCCGCUCAUGCGCACCUUUAUGCUGGUCAACCAGACCCUGGGCGCCUACCUGGGCAUCGACCCGACGGCGCUUGUCACCGCCAUGGGCUUCGUCUGGGCCACCUACCGCCUGACGCGCCAGUUUUGGUCCCUCGUCUGGCACGGGCUCGUGCUGGAGUACAUGACGUCGAGCGUCUCCGUGGUCAGCGACGACGAGAUCUUUGACCACGUCAUGGUCUGGCUCGCCGCCCAGCCCCGGACCGAGAGGUCGAGGCUGCUGAUGGCCGAGACGGCUCUCCAGUCGGCUUGGGAGGGCGACCGCGGUGAGUAUGCUGCAACGCGACAGGCAGUUCCGGUGACGGUCUCUGAGGAUGGCAAGGAGUAUGUCAACUUUUCGCAGCAGAAGGCCAGCACGCCACCACGAUACAUACCCGCCUUUGGCAUCCACGGCUUCUGGUUCAGGCACAGGUACUUUAGUCUUCACAGGCGGCAGAAACCCGUCAUGGAAGGCAGCAACAUUGCACCGGCGGCCGUUACCAUUAGGGACAAAGAGACCAUGGUUAUUUCAUGUUUUGGACUUUCCCCAGAACCAAUCAAGGAGCUCCUCGCCCACGCCCGGGAGCACUACUACAAAGACCACUACGCAAAAACGCUGAUAAAGCGACCCAACAGCUCUCUGAUCCGGCGACACGGCCGACACUCGUGGACUUCGGUUGCGAACCGCCCCGUCCGUCCCAUGAAUACGGUAGUGCUCGACCAGAAGCAAAAGACGGCCGUGCUAUCCGACAUGAACGAGUACCUGCAGCCCGAGACGCCGCGCUGGUACGCGAACCGCGGCAUCCCGCUGCGCAGGGGCUACCUGUUCCAUGGCCCUCCGGGCACGGGCAAGACGUCGCUCUCGUUUGCGCUGGCCGGCGUCUUUGGGCUCGAUAUAUACGUUGUUAGCCUGCUGGAGCCGCAGCUGAGCGAGGAGGACCUAUCGAACCUCUUCAACUGCCUUCCGAGGAGGUGCGUCGUCCUGCUGGAGGAUAUUGACACGGCCGGCCUGACCAGGACCGAGGAAAAGAUCGGGCACUCGGUCAGGACAAACACCAAGACGACGACCACGACCGGCAGCAACGCGACUUCCCCGCCCAGCGGACCAAACGAGUGGAAGGUAACGGAUCUGGCCCGCGCCCUCAAGGGGGGCAGGGGCAGCGACGGCGAGCAAAAGGGCAUAUCCCUGUCCGGUCUACUCAACGCCAUAGACGGCGUGGCGUCACACGAGGGCCGCGUGCUCAUCAUGACGACCAACAGACCCGAGUCGCUCGACGACGCCCUCAUCCGCCCAGGCCGCGUCGACCUGCAGGUGGCCUUUAGCAACGCGACGCAGGAGCAGGCCAGCGAGCUGUUCCAGCGAAUGUACACCCCCGACCAGAGCACCAAGUCCCCGCCGUUUACAGACCUUCAGCCGCAAAAGGAGACUCGGCUUUUCCUCGGUAAACAAGAUGCUAUAGACGGAAAGGAUGAUUCGGAGACUCCCAUCACCGAUGCGGACGAGCUGAGCAGGAUAGCGGCCGAAUUUGGCUCCAAAAUCGUCUCGGGUCAGCUGUCGCCAGCCGAGAUCCAGGGCUUCUUGCUCAAGCGCAGAAAGUGGCCACGCAAAGCCCUGCGUGACGUCGAAGGUUGGGUCAAGGCCAUGGUGGAGCAGAAGGCGAGCAAGAGCAAGGUAACACAGGCACAAUGA